GAGGGAACGAUCGUGCCACCCGUUCCUUUUCAAUUUCGAAUUUUACCAGUAGAUCAAUAGAUUGUCAAAAUGGUCGGACUCGGUCCCAGAAAGCCUCCGUCCCGCAAGGGCUCCAUGAUGGACGUCCCCAGGGACCUCCUCGACCAGAUCAAGUGGCUCGAGGAGCAAUUCUACAUCCCCACCGAGAAGCUCAAGCAGAUCACCAACCACUUCAUUCAUGAGUUGGAGAAGGGUCUCAGCGUUAAGGGUGGCAGCAUCCCCAUGAACCCUACCUGGGUCAUGAACUACCCCACUGGCCACGAGACUGGCACCUUCCUUGCCCUCGACAUGGGUGGUACCAACCUCCGUGUUUGCGAAAUCAGACUGCCCGAGGCCAAGGGCGAGUUCGACAUUAUCCAGUCCAAGUACAAGAUGCCCGAGGAGUUGAGAACCGGAACCUCCGAGGAGCUCUGGGAGUACAUUGCCGACUGCUUGCAGCAGUUCCUUGACUACCACCACGAGGGCGAGAAACUCCACCACGAGCUUCCCCUCGGUUUCACCUUCUCUUACCCCGCUACUCAGGACUACAUCAACCACGGUGUCCUCCAGCGGUGGACCAAGGGUUUCGACAUUGACGGUGUCGAGGGCAAGGACGUUGUCCCCUUGUUCGAGGCUGCCCUUCACAAGCGCGGUGUCCCCAUUAAGCUGACUGCUUUGAUCAACGACACCACCGGCACGCUGGUCGCUUCCGGUUACACUGACGACCAGAUGAAGAUUGGCUGCAUCUUCGGUACUGGCUGCAACGCCGCCUACUUUGAGAACUGCGGGUCGGUUCCCAAGCUCGCCCACAUGAACCUCGAUCCCGAGAUGCCCAUUGCCAUCAACUGCGAGUGGGGUGCCUUUGACAACGAGCACGUUGUCCUGCCCCUUACGCAGUUUGACCACACUGUCGACCAGGAGUCUCCCCGUCCCGGCCAGCAGGCCUUUGAGAAGAUGAUUGCUGGUCUCUACCUCGGAGAGAUCUUCCGUCUUGUGCUGGUCCACCUGCACGAGACUGGCCAUGUUUUCGAGGGCCAGGAUAUCAGCAAGCUCAAGAAGGCUUACACUCUCGACUCGUCCUUCCUUUCUCUCAUUGAGGAGGACCCCUUUGAGAACUUGUCCGAGACUGCCGACUUGUUCCUGAACCGCCUCUCUAUCCGGCCCACCCAGCCCGAGCUUGAGCUCGUCCGUCGUCUCUCCGAGUUGAUUGGCACUCGUGCUGCUCGCCUCUCUGCUUGCGGUGUUGCCGCUAUCUGCAAGAAGAAGAACAUUAAGUCGUGCCACGUUGGUGCUGAUGGUUCCGUCUUCAACAAGUACCCCCACUUCAAGGCCCGUGGUGCCACCGCUCUCCGUGAGAUUCUCGACUGGCCCGCCGACCUCAAGGAGGACCCCAUUGACAUUCGCGCCGCCGAGGACGGUUCGGGUGUUGGUGCUGCCCUCAUUGCUGCUCUGACCCUUGAGCGUGUCUCCGCUGGCAACCUUGCCGGUAUCAAGGCCGAGAACGCGUAAACGAAAUGAAGAAAUAGAGAAUAAGGGGGAAAAAAGCGAAGGAAAAGAAUCUUUUUAUUGGACUCGUAUAUAUGAUGGAGAAGUGUCUCGUUUGGGGGAGAAGCUACACGGAAAUGGUACGAUCGACAUUGGCAUGGAGAUUUGUCGAAUGAAUUUCCGUGGGAAUACGCUCCAAAGGCCUUUUGCCUCCCAGAAUUAGGCUUGACGCGUCUUUUUGAGAAUAUCUUUUUUUCUUUCUUUCUUGGAGACUCGCAUGUCGCCUUGAUUUUUCUGGUAUUGAGGCACGGGGCUUUGGAGCAAGAUGAUCCGAGGGCGAAUUUGUUCUUGACACUCUUGCUGUCUCGACUUUUUUGGGUGGUUCUCUCCCUGGGGACAUGGGAAGGUGAAGACCAUGAUGACAUCUUACUUUUCUAUGUUGGUCAUUACUGUGAUGGCUCUUUUCUUGUCUCUUUGAAAUAUCUUUGAUGUUGAUGAUAUAUUUAUUGCCAAGGC